UGGUCGACGAGGCAACAGGCUGGCUUUGGCCUAUUUUUAUUUAAAUUAAAAAAAAACUUUUUAUUUUUUUAAAUUAACAAUGGGAAACAAAGUUGUGACGUUUACGGAACAGCAAUUGGAGGAUUACCAGGACUGUACUUUCUUCACAAGGAAGGAAAUAUUACGAGUUUUCAAGAGAUUCAGAGAAGUGAACCCGGACCUCGUGCCGAAGAGAAUGACAGGAAACCAGGCACACACAAUCGCAGUGCCAGUUGAAGAAAUAGAAAAGUUACCUGAAUUAAAGGAAAAUCCUUUCAAAAGGCGGAUCUGCCAGGUAUUUUCUCACGACGGUUCCGGUAAUCUUACCUUCGAAGACUUCUUAGACAUGAUGUCAGUAUUCAGUGAGGCAGCUCCGAGGGACAUUAAAGCUUGGUACGCAUUUCGCAUAUAUGAUUUGGAUGACGACAUGUUCAUCGGUCGGGAGGACCUUUUAGAGGCAACGAGACUCCUCACUAAGGGGGAGUUACACCCUCAAGAGCGUGACGAAAUUGUCGCAAGCGUUUUAGAUGAGGCUGACGUGGAUGGGGAUGGAAGACUAUCCUUUAUGGAUUUUGAACAUGUAGUAGUUCGAGCACCGGAUUUUUUAUCUACAUUUCAUAUAAGAGUGUAACCUUUUCUUAUUGUUUUAUAAUUUAAUUUUUUUUAAUAGUAUUAUGGUAUUAAUAAGCUUACAGAUUAUAGAAAUGGAAAUAGAAGUAUUAAUCGCUGAGUGAAUAAGUAUUGAAUUAUUUGAAGCGUGAUAAUAUUUUAAGGCUUUUAUUUACUAACUAUUAGCAAUUGUUAUGUUAAAAUUUAUUCUUUAAUAAUUGGAUGGACUAUAUUUUCAUUAAAACACUAUUAAUAAGAA